UGAAGCAUCUUGGGGAAUUAAAAUUUGGGGAAAAGGCAAACUCUAUGAUAAGUAACCCAAUAGCGGGUGUUUCUUUUCCCAGGUUUCAGUGUUCUCUCCCCCACUUUUUUAAUUGUUUGUACUUCCGAAGUUAUAGUAGUGAACUUUCUCUGUGAAAUAGUUCUGGUAUUCUUUUUGGACUUUCUCAUUAUUUACUAGUAACUUGUUAUGAUGAUUGUAACUUGGACAAACAUCUCACCGGGUGAUUUCUCCAAGCCCCCUUACAGAGGCUGUCAGAGCUAUCAGAGUUCAUGUGAUAAUCUCAGAUCUGCAGGGAGAUGAGGUCAGGGUGGUCAUAAUUAUAAUUCAGGGUCCAGAUGUCCUUCUCUCACUCACAUACCAAGAGCCACCUUUGUGCCAGGGUUGCUGGCUGCAGUAGACCAGUAGGUGAGUAUUUCAGACUAAGCAAUAGAAUAUUUCUCCAUUUCCUCCAAAAUGACAGCUGCUAAACUUGGAAUGUUCACUCUAAAACAGGGCACAUCACAGCUGAUGUUCCCCAAACUAGUUUUGUUUAAAUACAUGUAGUUUUGUUGAGGGGGAGUUUUCCAUGGAUUUGGGGGAUUCAGUGGUGGUAACAACUGUUUCCUACUUGAUAUUCUGGAAACUGACUAGGGCAAAGGCUGCAGCUCCUCAGAGGGGCCUUGGGGGACCAGGGAAGAGAGACUCAUUGUUAUUCUAAGCUCAUCACUGGGAGCUGGAAUCCCACGUCAGCUGCCCAUGAAGCUGAUCCCGAACAGCCUCACUGCUCUGUGCGUGUCUCUCAGUCAGCAUGUGGGGCUGUGUCUCUAUGUCCUGAGUUUUAGUGCAGAACCCAAGUCUGAUUCAAUAAAACACCAAGAAUAUGUACCUGAAUUUUGGCAGUUCUUCUAAGAAAUGGGGAAUGAAUAGGUGGGUAGAGCUGUCAGGAGCUGGCUUGGCACAAUGCCAGUUGAUGAAGAAGGGUAGUUGAAUUUGUGAAACAUCACACCCAUUGUUAUGGACUUUGGGGUAGCUGUCUCUCCAUGCCCAGAGCCCACACAGGGUCUCAAAGUUGAAAUAGAUCUCGAGGCCAGGCUUUUCUAACUGUCUCUCUGUAUUCACUCUGAUCUUAGUCACUUGUACGGAAUCUUCAAGGCGUCAGCAGCUAAAAACCACUCCCCUAUGCAAAGAAACGUUUUUGCCCAUCCGUCUCAAGGAGGGUCUCACUGGUGUUGUUUCUAUUAAGAAUCUACCUCCGUUUUCAAGUCCAUUCACUGCUCAUUGUAUUCUUUUUCUCUGUUAUAUCUUUCCAUCUGCACCCCCAUUCAUCUGUGUAUCAGACACUUUCUGCCCUAAUUCACUUGCUGUCAUGUCCUUUGACAAUGACAUGGUUUAUUUAGCCUGAAUUUUAGUUCUGAGCCCAAUCCUGAUUCAAUAAAACCUCUAAACAUGUUCCUGAAUUUUAGGCAGUUCUCUAAAGGAAUGAGGAACAAGUGGGUGAGUAGACAUCCCUCAGGGGCUUUCCUUGCAGGAUUUGGUUUCUGACUCAUGGAUCCUUCACAUAUGUUUUCCUCUGGAGUUCAAUUUAUCUGGAUAAACUGAAAAAUAAAUAAAACUUAACCAGAAAGUAUGACUUACUUGUGAUUUCCUGUUAAAUGUCAGUAUUCAGUUAGUCAUUGCUCACGUGUAAGCUUAUAUUUUUCUUUUAUUUCAGAAAAGAAACAUUCCCAUUGGCGUGCUUUUUGCCCUUAUUUGAUAUAUUUUGGUCUCUAUCACUUCAUGUUUCUGAUUCUCCUUCUUCUCUCUCUAGGUCUUCAGCAGAUCUCCAACUGUGCUCCCUCUUUCUUAUCUAUAGGGCCCCUAUUCUUCUCUUUGUGCUUCUGCUCUGUAAAUUACUUACUGCCCAGCCCUUCUGGAAUUCUGAGUCCUGUGGCCUGAGUAUGUUUUGUGAGGAUGAGUGAGCUCCUUUAAUAGGAAAUGUAGAAGAAGAAAAAGGCCACUAACAGGUCAGCGACUGCAGAUCAUGUUUGUGGAUUUCUUGCGGUGUGUUUGGUGCCUGGAAAAGAAAGAACAUGGUGCAACACGCGUUGGGAUAGGUUUUACAGGCUCUGAGGAAAAUAUUAAAUCUGUGACCAACAGCCCAAUGAUUUCCAGUGACUUGGCAUUUGGGAUUACAUUCCUUCUCCAGACUGGUGCUGGGCUCCUGGGGAACUCCUCACUUUUAUAUCUUCACUUGUCCUUUUUGUUUGCUGGACACAAACUAAAGCCCACCGACCUGAUUCUCAGCCCCCUGUGUUUAGCCAACACCUUGGUACUUCUCUCUAAGGGAGUCCCUCAGGCCAUGACAGCUCCGGGGCUGAAAGAUUUCCUUGGUGAUAUGGGCUGUAAACUCCUUUUCUACCUUUACCGAGUGGCCAGGGGGACCUCCCUCUGCGCCACCUGCCUCCUGAGUUGCUUCCAGAUCAUUACUGUCAGCUCUAGUGUACCCAGGUGGACAGAGCUCAAAACGAGAGCCUCAGACCAUAUUGUCUCCUCUUGUUACCCCUGCUGGCUCCUCAAUCUUCUGUUACAAAUUGUGAUUCCUUUAAGGGUGACUGGGCCAAACCAUGACAGGAACAACACCAUGAGAAGUGAUUUUGCAUACUGCACUGAUAUUUUUCAGCAUUCAGUUAGUGUAUUACUCUAUGCCCUCCUGCUUGCUCCCAUUGAUUUUAUGUUUCUGGGACUCAUGGUCUGGUCCAGCGGCUCCAUGGUGUUUAUUUUGUACAGACAUAAGAAGCGAGUCCAACACAUUCAUAGCAAGCACCUCUCCCAUAAAACUUCCCCUGAGACCAGAGCCACCCACACGAUUCUGGUGCUUGUGAGCAUCUUCGUUUCCUUUUACUUCCUCUCUUCCAUCUUGGCCUUUUACAUGGCACUGUUUGAUAGCCAAAAUGUUUGGCUGUAUAGUCUCAGCACACUUGUGGCUGCGUGUUUUCCAUCCUGUAGCUCUUUUGUGCUGAUGAACAAGGUUGUCCAUAUCUCCAGGCUCAGCUUUAUCUGGGGAAUGAGUAAAAUAAACUUUCCUAAAACAUAGUUAGAAUGAUGAAUAUCCUCUUUUUUGUAGAAUGCUUAUUUUUUAAUUUAUUAAUUAAUCAAAUAUUUCAUAUAUCUAGAUUUUGUAUCAGGCACCCAAUAAAUAGUUAUGGAUGAGAGAUGAAUCCCACAUUAUUGUAGAUAAUUCUGAGAUAUCAAAGCAGGUAAGCAAUUUAAAACAAUUAUUUCAUAAACAGUUGAAUAUAAUUUCAAUAAAUCUGCAAUAAUGUCGGUACAAACUUCUAAGGAUUGUCAAUAGCAGUAGUCACUGACCUUGUGUCAGAGCUCUCUUCAGAGUCCCCUGGAAUGUGUAAUUUAAGCUGAUCCUUAGAAAUCAAAAUACAAGAAUGAGGCCCUACAGCUUUAUAAUUUCUGGUUGUAUAAUCUGCCAAAUUUCCAUCAUGUCCUGAAUUAAGAUGGUUUACCAUUGCCUCAUGAGAAGUCCUGUUCAUAUAAGCAGUUUGUGAUUUUCUGCUAAUACAUGGGCUGGCAAUUUAAACUCACCCAGUCAGUGGCUUCAUGGAAGAAAGGCAUAGCAUCCGUAAAGAUUAUAGCCAAGAAAACCUAGGGGCAGUACUACUCUGUAACACAUGGUAUCACCCUGAGUCAGUGGCCAACUCAAUGGCAUUGGACAAUAACAAUGAUCACUUCUCAUCCACCCAGGGGGUAUCCCAUUAGGGGAUGGGAGAUCAUCAACACAUUACUAAAAAGCCCUUCACUUGCAAUAUUAUCUGAGUAUAUUCAUGACAUGGUCCCUAACCCGUUGAAAAACCUGUUGCUGUUUAAUCGAUUCUGACUCAUAGCAAUCCUGUAGGACAGAACAGAACUGCCCCAUAAGGUUUCCAAGGAGUGGCUGGUGGAUUGAAACUGCUGACCUUUUGGUUAGCAGCUGAGUUCUUAACCAGUGUGCCACCAGGACCCUCCGACAUGGAUGGGGUGGGGCACAAAUGAUUUGUGUUCAUCCUUUAAUUGAAAGGUUGGCAGUUUGAAAUCCCCACCGCCCCAGUACCCCAGUAGAGCUGCAGCAGAAAGGCCUAGCAUUCUGCUUCUGGAAAUAUUACAGCUAAGAAAACCCUAUAGAGCAGUUCUACCCUGUAACGUAUGAGGUCGCUAUGAGUCCAAAUAGACUCCAAGGCGGUUGUGUGCUUUUGGGUGGAUUCCGACUCACAGUGACACUUUACUGCAACAGGGUUAUAUUAAUGAUGUAAAAUCAACUGAGGGGAGUAUGUGGUAAGGAGGGGGUUUCAAGUGGGAGACUACGAAUCACAUUGAAAUCUGAUGCAAAUGCUCUUUUAAGGGAGGGCACUCAGUGAUGGAAGGAGCCCUGGUGUCAUAGUGGUUAAAAUGCUUGGCUGCUAACCAAAAGGUCGGCACCAGUUGCUCCGCAAGAGAAAGACCUGGCGAUUUGCUUCCUUAAUGAUUGCAUCCUAGGAAAUACUAUGAGGCAGUUCUACUCUGUCCUACAGAGUCGCUAUGAGUCAGAAUGAACUUGAUGGCAAUGGGUUUCUAUUUUUUUUUUUUUUAAUUGAUCUUCAUGGAUGUGGCUGGUACAAGCAGUGGAAAUGACAGAGUAGAAGCCCUUUCAGUGCAUCUGUGUUCACCUGGAUCUGUAGAUUAAGACAAACUCCUGCACCUUGGUAUCUCCCCACUUCAAGUAUUGCAUGUGUUAGGAACCCAGUAUACCUGUGCAGGUACAUUAACAAAAUUUAGUGCAAUAAUAUCACCCAAGGAUAUAAGAAAAUGUACCAAUUAUAUGACCCAGCAAAAUGUAAAGGAAAUAUUAAUUAUGAAAUAUAGUUGGAAUAAUAAAGAACGUAACUGAUGGCAUGAAUGUAGAUUGAAAACAUAAAAUUUGGAACAGAUAUCAGGAAGUUGACUGGAAAAUCUUCAAAUAUUUGGAAAUUAAUCAACACCCUCCUAAAUAUUCCAUGUUGUUGUUCUUAGGUGCCUUUGAGUCAGUUCCGACUCAUAGCGACCCUAUGCACAACAGAACGAAUCACUGCCCUGUCCUGUGCCAUGCCCACAAUUGUUGUUAUGCUUGAGCCCAUUGUUGAAGCCACUGUGUCAAUCCAUCUUGUUGAGGGUCUUCCUCUUUUUCGCUGACCCUCUACUUUACCAGGCAUGAUGUCCUCCUCCAGGGACUGAUCUCUCCUGACAUGCCGAAAGCAUGUAAGACAUAGUCUUGCCAUUCUUGCUUCUAAGGAGAAUUCUGGUUGUACUUCUUCUGAGACAUAUUUGUUUCUUCUUUCAGCAGUCCAUGGUGUAUUCAAUAUUCUUCACCAACACCGCAACUCAAAGGCAUCAGUUCUUCUGUCUUCCUCAUUCAUCGUCCAGCUUUCACAUGCAUAUGAUGCAAUUGAAAAUAUCGUGGAUUAGGUCAGGCACAGCUUAGUCUUCAAGGUGACAUCUUUGUUUUUCAACACUUUUAAGAGGUCUUUUGCAGCAGAUUUGCCCAAUGCGAUACAUCAUUUGAUUUCUUGACUGCUGCUUCCAUGGGUGUAGAUUGUGGAUCCAAGUAAAAUUAAAUCCUUGACAACUUCAGUUUUUUCUCCAUUUAUCGUGAUGUUGCUUACUGGUCCAUUUGUGACGGUUUUUGUUUUCUUUAUGUUGAGGUAUCCCACAGGUCAAAGAAAAAACAAAUAGUAAAUUGGAAAAAUUUUUGGAUUGAAGGAAAAGGAAAAUAGCAUAUAAAAAUUUGUGGGAUUCAGUAUUAUAGAAUAGACAAGAAAAUAUAACAUUAUAAUGAAAGGGAGAUACGUGUGUGUGUAUGUGUUGGAAAAGUCAAUCCUCUUUAUUCACAAAUUCCAUAUUUGAAAAUUUCCCUACUUGCUAAAAUUUAUUUGUAACCUCCAAAUAAAUACUUGUGGUGCUUUUCUGGUUAUUUGUAUGAAAAAUUUGAGCUGCCCUACAUGCUGUUUUUUUACAUGCUAGUUUUCAGCGGAGAUUAAACAAGGCAAUGUUCUGCUUUCUUAUUUCAGCUUUCAUAGUGUAAAGAACUGUCCUUCACACAUUCUAUUUAGUGCCACUUUUUUUUUUUUUUUGCAUUUUUGUUAGUUAUUUUGUUGUUCAAAAUGGCCACCAAGGAUAGUGCUGAAGUGCUAUCUAGUGUUCCUAAGUGUAAGAAGGCUGUGAUGUGCCUCAUAGGGAAAAACAUGUGUUUGAUACGCUUCAUUCAGGCACAAGUUAUAAUGUCGUCAUCCAUGGGUUCAAUGUCAAUUAUAUGUGUAUAUAUAUACACAUACAUAUAUAUUUAAUGCAUCAAUGAUAUACACAUAUAUAUUGAGAGAUCUUUAUAUAUGUUAAUAUCUAUGGUACAUAUUUAAAUAGAAACACACAUAAAAGAAGGUUGUACAUUGAUUGGUUGGAGUCCCUUGGUGGCACAAAUAAUUUGCGCUUGACUGCUAACCUAAAGAUUGAUGGUUCAAACCCACCCAGCUGUACGAGAAAGAAAAGGCUUGGUGGUCUGUUUGCAUUCUGUGGUCUCCUGCUCCCCAUACUUUUCAGGGGAUAUCACCCUUUGUAUUACUGCAUUCACCUUGUUUUACCAUGCAAAGCACUAACCCUAGAUUAGCCAAAAAGGCCACUUUUUUUUUUUUUUUUAAUUUAUUGUGCUUUAAGUGACAGUUUACAAAUCAAGUCAGUCUCUCAUACAAAAAGUUAUACACACCUUACUAUGUACUCCUAACUGCUCUCUCCCUAAUGAGACAGCAUAUUCUUCCUUUCCACCCUGUAUUCCCUGUAUCCAUUCAACCAGCUCCUGUCGCCCUCUGCCUUCUCAUCCCACCUCCAGACAGGAGUUGCCCGCAUAGACUCAUGUGUCUACUUGAGCCAAGAAGCUCAAUCCUCACCACUAUCAUUUUCUAUCUCAUAUUCCAGUCCAAUUCCUGUCUGAAUAGUUUGCUUUGGGAAUGGUUCCAGUCUUGGGCUAAAAAAGUGUCUGGAGACCAUGACCCCCAGGGUCCCUCUAGUCUCAGUCAGACCAUUAAGUCUGCUCUUCUUACAAGAAUUUGAGGUCUGCAUCCCACUGCUCUCCUGCUCCAUCAGGGAUUCUCUAUUGCGUCAGGGCAGUCAUUGAUGGUAGCCAGGUACCAUCUAGUUCUUCCGGUCUCAGGCUGAUGGAGCCUCUGGUUUAUGUGGCCUUUUCUGUCUCUUGGGCUCAUCUUUACCAUAUGUCUUUGGUGUUCUUCAUUCUCCUUUGCUCCAGGUGGGUUGAGACCAACUGACGCAUCUUAGAUGGCCGCUUGCCAGCGUUUUAGGACCCGAGAUGAAAAGGGCCACAUUUUGGGAGCUGAUUCAGAUGGCAGGGACUACUAGAGAAAGCUGGAGGUCCAUCACCAUUUCAUUGGCCUCUGUCCCACACUGACUCUGAAGCAAGUGCCACUCCAGAGCUGAUGCCCUUGACCCCCAGUGAAUUUGCUCACUCUGUGCCCCAUUCGUGGGCUUGCAGUAUAUUCAGUCAUUCAGUCGAUCAACGGCCCUGUGAGGGAGGCAGUGACCCUCCCCAGUCUUGCUGCAGAGGAAACUGAGACACAGAGAGAUUACAUCACUUGCCCAUCAAAAUGCCAGUGAGAGCCCAAGCCUGAUUAUGACCCAGGAAAUCUGACCCCAGACUGUGUGCUUUCUACCAAAGUGUAGGUUUUUGCCUUCAGCAAAGAGGGGUCACCUCCACCUUGCAAAUGACUUUAUUUCCAGACCUCAGUUUAGAGCCUGGUUUAUUGUCAGCUUUGAGAAAAUAUUUGUUUAAAGGAAACAAGAAAAAUAAUGAAUAAAUGAAUGGGCCUGAUCAUUCUGGCUAAUGCUCAGAAGCUGGAAUGACCUGUCAUCUUUCUUGCAGUUUCACCUGUUCUGGGGUCUGGAGUCAACUGUGGGUGCCUUCAUUCCAGGAUCUGGCUGACACCACAGCCAUAGUGACCUUGACCUCUUAGUUUCUGAACUCAAUGCUUCCUUUUAGGUCUAUCCCCACAUUACUGUAGGCAGUAUGGCACACUGCUCAGCACUAUCUAGGGGUCCCUGGGUAGCUCAAACUGUUACGUGCAGUUUUCUCCACUAGUCCGUGUCAUCUGAAUCAGCUCCAAAAAUAUGACCUUUUUGGCUAAUUAAGAGUUAAUGCUUUUUGCAAGGUGAAUCAAGGUGAAUGCAGCAAUACAAAGGGGGAUAUCUCCUGAAAAGUUGGGGAACAGGAGACCACAGAAUGGAAAGGUUGGUGGUUCAACCUUUGCCAUCCAGAGGCACUGCAGAAGGCAGUUCAGGAGAUCUGCUUCUGAAAGGUCACUGCCUUGAAACCCUAUGGAGCAUGUUUACUCUGCACAUAUGGGUCGCCAUGAUCGCUAUCAAUGGGAUGGCAAAUAACCACAAUAACAACAACAAAAAAUAAUGUAAAAAAUGAACAAUUAAAAAGAAAAAUUAAUAAAAUAAAUAAAAGACUUAAAAAAUAAAAACAAAAACUUAAUGAAUUAAAUUAAUAAAAUUAAAUUAAUUAUUUAAAUGAAUAAAAUUAAUUAAAUAAAUAUAAAUUAAUAAAACUAAAUUAAAUGAAAGAAAUAAAUUGAAAAAUAUAAAUAAAUCAAAAUAGCUUAAAAUGAAUAAACUAAGUUACAUAAAACAAAGUAUAGUUUUGUAAUUAAAUAAAUUAAAAUAACAAAUACCAUGAAUUAUAGAAUAUAAAAAUAAAAUUCAGUACAUAAAAUAAAUGGAAUAAAAAUGACA